GCUAGGUUGUGGGUGAGGGCUCAGCUUUCUCUGCUAGUUCCUACGCUCGGAGUCCUUAUCCCUGGAAUGUGAGAGGAAGAGCGCAGGAAGUUCCGGAACCGGGGCGUGAAGGCAUCGCCCUGGAAAGCUUGGGCGCGAAAGACAGUCCUAGUUGAAGGAGUCACUGGAAGGCACCGUCUGGGACCGAGGAAGCAGAGGGAACCACUGUUGGGGAACUUUCUUGGGCACCCUUCCCCUUCUUGGGGUGCUAUGGAGUUCCCAGAACAUAGUCAGCAGCUGCUUCAGAGCCUGCGGGAGCAACGGUCCCAGGGUUUCCUUUGUGAUUGUACUGUGAUGGUUGGUAGCACCCAGUUCCUGGCCCAUCGGGCUGUGCUGGCCUCCUGCAGCCCAUUCUUUCAGCUUUUCUACAAGGAGCGGGAAUUGGACAAGAGGGAUCUGGUGUGUAUUCACAAUGAAAUUGUCACGGCCCCAGCCUUUGGGUUGCUUCUGGACUUCAUGUACGCUGGCCAGCUGGCCCUUAGGGGAGAUACUCCUCUAGAAGAUGUGCUGGCUGCAGCCAGCUACUUGCACAUGAAUGACAUCGUUAAGGUGUGUAAACAGCGGUUGCAAGCCCGGGCUCUGGCGGAGGCAGACAGUACCAAGAAGGAAGAGGAAAGCAAUCCUGCUAGUAUGGAGUUUUUGUCAGGCAGUUCUCGUGGCCCCCAGCCUUUACUGGCAUCUGUUGAGCCCUCAGCCCGCUGGAGCAAAGAGGAAUGGAAGGGUCCAGCCACUCCCUUACCUAUUGCUCAUUCUGCAGAUGAGCCAACAGUAUCUGGUGGCGCUGACACUACACAACCAAGCAUGGAAGUUGACCCACCACAUCUGCGGGCACCUCCCCCACAAGUGGCUGAUGUCUCUGUCUCUCUUGCCAGCCCCAGUAGCUCUACAGAGACCAUUCCUGUAAACUAUUUCUCUUCUGGCCUUCCAGCAGUUUCCGUGGAGCCCUUGACUCCUCUUGAUGUGGUUCCUGAGAGUCUGAGGGUGGUGGAACCAAGGGAUACUGGAGGACCAUUGCAAGGCUUCUAUACUCCAGCUCCAGCCCCACCCCCGGCUCCAGCCCCAGUUCUGUCCCAGGCUCCAGCCCCAGUUGAAGCUGAACUGGUCCAGGUGAAAGUAGAAGCUAUUGUGAUCUCUGAUGAGGAGACUGACUUGUCAGAGGAACAGCCUCAGGGACCCGAAGGGCUGUUCGCAUCUGGAGGUGCAAUGUAUGGGGGACAGUCUUCACAGCCAGACACUUUUGAGGAGGCAGGGGCAACAGGACUAGAGGAGGUGGGGCCAGGUGACCACUUCCUGCCUCCAGAAUCUCAUCUCCCAUACCAUCUGCUGCCUGGUCCUGGGCAGUAUCAUCGAGGACUGGUGACCUCACCCCUGCCUGCACCACCAGCCCUGCAUGAGCCGCUCUACCCUCCUUCUGAGUAUGAAGUAGCUCCGGGGAGCUUUGGGGGUUUUACAGAGGAUGUUCCCACCUGUAAGACAUGUGGAAAGACCUUCUCAUGUUCUUAUACAUUACGGAGACAUGCCACAGUGCAUACACGAGAGCGACCCUAUGAAUGCCGCUAUUGCCUACGCAGCUACACACAGUCAGGGGAUCUCUACCGCCACAUCCGCAAGGCUCAUAAUGAGGACCUGGCCAAACGCAGCAAACCAGACCCAGAGGCUAGCUCCAAUCUUGGGGCGCAUCCCCUCUCUGGCUCCCAGACAACAGAGAGACAGAGCAGUGGUGGUGGAGUACCACCCAAAGAUUUUGUACUUGGUCCCAAAAAUUAACGUCUGGGGAGCAUGAAUUGAUGCCAGGCCUGCGCUUGCUACUGUUAGACGGCUGCAGAGGACGUUGGAGGCAUCCCAUCGUUACCAAAGGGUGGCAGAAUGAAGGUUCUUCCCAAGCUGAAGGUGGCUUCCGUCUCUUUGUCAAGCCAGAUAAGUAGGACAUGGGGCAAAGCAGGUCAGCCAGAACACUCCAAGGCACUGGGGAUUUUCCUGAGGUGUAACUGCUUCUCAUCCCACAUUCUGGAACAUAAAACUAGCAGUGAAAUUA